AAUGGCUCCUGGAAAUGGUUCAUUUGUGACUGACUUCAUUCUGGUGGGCUUAACGGACCAUCCAGCUCUCCAACUUCCUUUGUUCUUGCUGUUCCUAGCAAUGUAUAUGGUCACUGUGCUGGGAAAUUUUGGCUUGAUCACAGUAAUUGGGCUGAAUUCACACCUGCACACCCCCAUGUACUUCUUCCUCCUCAACUUGUCCUUCAUAGAUCUCUGCUAUUCCUCAGUGUUUACACCAGAAAUGCUCACACAUUUUUUAUCAGAGAAGAAGAUUAUCUCUUACCUGGGGUGCAUGACUCAGCUCUUCUUUUUCGGUUUUUUAAUUCUUUCUGAAUGCUAUGUGCUGACUGCAAUGGCGUAUGAUCGCUAUGUGGCCAUCUGUAACCCCCUGUUGUAUAACAUUGCCAUGUCCCCCAAAGUGUGUUCCAGCCUUAUGCUUGCUUGCUACUUGAUGGCACUUUCUGGUGCCAUGGCUCACACUGGAUGCAUGCUGAGACUGACCUUCUGUGAUGCAAAUACCAUCAACCACUACUUCUGUGACAUCCUCCCUCUGCUCCAGCUCUCUUGCACAAGUACCUACAUCAAUGAAAUUGUACUCUUCAUUGCGUCAUGCAUCAACAUCAUUGUGCCCAGUCUCACCAUCUUUGUCUCUUAUGGGCUCAUCCUGUCCAACAUCCUUCGCAUCAGCUCCAUGGAGAGCAGGUCCAAAGCCUUCAGCACCUGCAGUUCCCACAUAAUUGCAAUUUCUCUGUUCUUUGCAUCGGGGGAAAUUAUGUACCUCCAACCAUCAUCUUCUGGGUCUAUGGAUAAGGGGAAAAUCUCUUCUGUCUUUUAUACCAAUGUGGUUCCCAUGAUGAAUCCCUUAAUUUACAGUUUGCGGAACAAAGAUGUUAAAUUUGCUCUGCGAAAAACCCUGAGGAGAAGAUUCUGGUUUUGA